CCAACUAUUUAAAUCGCGCGUUUCAGUGUGAAAUUUAUCAUUUGAAUUUGAAAAGUAUUACAAUGAAAUCAUACGGUUUAUUACAACUCCUCUUGGCUGUUUUCAUUUGCGGUCUGAUAACACAGCUCCAUGCAGCCGACGAUAAAACCUCACGUGAAACAUGCAUUAAGGAGACGAAACUAUCCGACGCUGAUGCGAGUCGUGUUAGAGGCGCCCCUGUUAUCAGUAAACUCAUUCAAAACGACUCCGAGGCUUUGAAAUGUUUCCAGCUGUGCUAUUACAAACAGCUUGGUCUCAUCGAUGCUGCUGGCAAAACGAAUGCGGCCAACAUACUCGAGUAUAUGUCAAAGGUUAGCGGUAUUUCCGAUAAAACUAAGUUAGCUGGCGCAAUGGGUUCAUGCGAGUCGGUCAAAGGUAGCAGUCACUGUGACAGGUUGUAUCAAUUCGAGAAGUGCGCUUUGGGCAAACUGGGUGCUUGAGUAUAUUCCUGAAAUAAUAUCAAUCAUUGAUUUACGAAAUGUAGUUUAGAGUGAAAUGUUUUGAAAUAAUAAAGCAAGUGCAUAAAGGCAACAAUGUUUAUU